CCGAUGUGAAUGUGAUCUUAUUACUAACAAAAUCAAAAUCCAAAUUAAACAACAAUCAGAGACAUCGUUUUCUCUAUAUACUAUAUUUACUUAAACACGAUCGAUCGAAUAUUCAACCAAAAAAGAUAUUUGUUUUGUCGUCUAACGAAGACUAAACAAAACAUUAAGUAAACCCAUUCCUUUGUACUUUUAAAAACAUAGCAGUCUCUUCUCUACUUGCUCCAAGCCUUCAACAUUUUCUUCUCAAAUGGCGCUCUCCUCUUUCAAUCUCUCUUCUCUAUUAUUCCUCCUCUUCUUCACUCCUUCCGUUUUCUCGUAUUCGUAUCAACCUUCUCUAAACCCUCAUGAAACUUCUGCUACAAGUUUCUGCAAAAACACACCAUAUCCAGAUGCAUGUUUUACCUCCUUAAAACUAUCCAUCUCCAUCAACAUAAGCCCCAACAUUCUCUCUUUCCUCCUCCAAACCCUCCAAACAGCUCUUUCCGAGGCUGGGAAACUCACCGAUCUCCUUUCUGGCGCUGGGGUCUCCAACAACCUAGUUGAGGGACAACGUGGCUCUCUUCAAGACUGCAAAGAUCUUCACCACAUCACUUCUUCUUUCUUGAAACGAUCAAUCUCCAAGAUCCAAGACGGUGUUAACGAUUCACGGAAACUAGCCGACGCUAGAGCGUACCUAAGCGCCGCUCUCACCAACAAGAUCACAUGCUUGGAAGGUCUUGAAUCAGCCUCAGGUCCACUCAAGCCAAAGCUCGUGACCUCCUUCACGACCACUUACAAACACAUAAGCAACUCCCUCUCUGCUCUUCCAAAACAGAGAAGAACCACAAAUCCAAAAACCGGCGGAAACACUAAGAACCGCCGGUUACUUGGGUUAUUUCCUGACUGGGUCUAUAAGAAAGAUCACCGGUUUUUAGAAGAUUCUAGCGACGGGUAUGAUGAGUAUGACCCGAGUGAGAGCCUCGUGGUCGCUGCCGAUGGAACAGGGAAUUUUUCGACUAUUAACGAGGCCAUAAGCUUUGCUCCUAAUAUGAGUAACGACAGGGUGCUGAUAUAUGUAAAGGAAGGUGUGUAUGACGAGAACAUUGAUAUUCCGAUCUACAAGACUAAUAUUGUUUUGAUAGGAGAUGGAUCCGAUGUUACAUUUAUUACCGGAAACCGAAGUGUCGGAGAUGGAUGGACCACUUUCCGAUCUGCUACUCUUGCGGUUUCCGGCGAAGGAUUCUUGGCGAGGGAUAUAAUGAUAACAAACACAGCAGGACCCGAGAAGCACCAAGCGGUUGCACUACGAGUGAACGCGGAUUUUGUGGCCUUAUACCGAUGUGUCAUUGAUGGUUACCAGGACACACUUUACACCCACUCAUUCCGACAAUUCUACCGUGAAUGCGAUAUUUAUGGAACCAUUGAUUAUAUCUUUGGAAACGCAGCCGUUGUCUUCCAAGGCUGUAACAUCGUUUCAAAGUUGCCUAUGCCAGGACAAUUCACGGUAAUUACUGCUCAGUCACGAGACACUCAGGACGAAGAUACCGGGAUCUCGAUGCAAAACUGCUCCAUCCUUGCGUCGGAGGAUUUAUUUAAUAGCUCAAAUAAAGUGAAGAGCUACUUGGGACGUCCGUGGAGAGAAUUUUCAAGAACAGUUGUAAUGGAAUCUUAUAUUGAUGAGUUUAUUGACGGUUCGGGUUGGAGCAAAUGGAACGGUGGGGAAGCACUUGAUACCCUUUACUAUGGCGAGUAUAACAAUAACGGUCCGGGUUCUGAAACGGUUAAACGGGUUAACUGGCCGGGUUUUCACAUUAUGGGUUACGAAGAUGCCUUUAACUUCACGGCAACAGAGUUUAUCACUGGUGAUGGUUGGUUGGGAAGUACUUCGUUCCCUUAUGAUAAUGGAAUUUAACAUUUUUUUUUGCUAGAAAUGUAUAGGGUUUGUCUUCAUAUAAAAAUCUAAUUACAAUAAUUAAUAAAUAAAAAUCUAAAUAAUUCUAUGGUUUGAGUUAUUUCUCAAAGCUGUGUAUUAAUUAAGAUAAGCUGGCAAAAUAUGUAUCUUUCUUGAAAAGUCUAAAGCAUGUCUUUCUUGGCUUUAUCUGAGUUUCCACUUUUUAAGAACGAG